AUGUCCGCUGAAGAAACGGGGGAUGUGGAUACAUUAACAGAUGAAACAGCUAAAGGAUUUGUUUUCAAGCAUGGUCAAUAUGAGGUCAUAAAACAUUCGCAGCAUGUCGGAAUUUACGGACAAUGGCUCACGACUUGGAAACCAAGGGUGAACAGUUCUGAAAUUGCCGUGAUUCUUGAGGAUGACUUGACAGUUUCUCCUCAUUUUUACAAAUAUUUGAAAUUAGUGCAUAAUAAAUACGACAAGAUACCUGAAAUAAACGGGUUCGCAUUACAAGGAAUGUCAAUAAAGCAUGCAGUAGGUCAUUCAAGUCAAACAUUAGAAGGUCCCGAAGACUGUUUAGUCUACUUAUAUCCCGUCUUAGGAACAUGGGGUUUCUCACCAAGUAGAGACAACUGGAUUCACUUUUUGGAGUGGUUUUCGCAAGUUAGUCAAGACAAGACAUUUCAGCCGUAUGUUCCCGGUAAUGUGGUAACCGCGUGGUUUAAGACGUUUCAGGCACAGGGGAAGGCAGGUGGUGUGUGGUCCAUAUGGCACAUCUAUCAUUCUUGGAAGUUUAACGAAUAUACGCUGUAUCCUCAUUUUAAAGGACAUAAAGGUUUGACCACGAACUGGAAGGAGGCUGGGUUACACUAUACUAAAACGGCAAGCAAGCCAUCCAAUGAACUUCUCACGGAAUGGAAAUCCGAUUACGAAAACCUUCCAGAUCAAGCAACACACCUGGACAUGAAGGGAGUUGUUCAGGAUUAACUGCUAUAUUAUAUGCUUGUAAAUGAUUAAUACAUGAACUGCGAGGAGCAGAAUUGAUCCUUAUAGGAUUUUAAGGAAAUAAAACUAAUCGGGAAAUAUUAUUUUAUUGUUUUCUGUGACUUAAAUGGAAUUAAAGAGUCCAUGACAGUAUUUUUUCUUGGUAUAAUUUCCUGCCUUCUUUCUUUUCAUGAAGGAAUAAAAAUGCAAUGUAAUUCUUGAAAAAGUAACAAGAUCUUUACAAAGUUCUAAUUAAAGUGUAUGUAUAAAAAGUCAAAACAUUUAUAUUUGGUAUUAUAUUCUCUAUUUUAACAUGAUUUUGUGUUUUUACCCAAAGUCAGAGACUUUUCCCGAUUUGGGAGGCACAGGCUGUAAAUAUAUUUUAAAAAACACUGCCUGUUGACCUGCUUAUACAAGGUCCAUGACAACUUUUAUGGUUGUUUACACUUUCUUUUAUGAAUAACAAAUUUCAGAUG